AUUAGGGUUUUUAAUGUACGUAAUGAUUCCGCGUGAUACUGAUGAGCCUUGCUGAUGAGAUUGUACAAUUGAGAUUGCUCUUGCAAACUCUGACCCAAAUGUCAAUAUUUUGAUUUCAAAUAACCUUUUCCUGGAUACCUCAACCUAGGGCUUGAAGUCAGAAAGUAUUUUUGAGAAACACAGGAGUUCUUGGAAUGCUGAAGCACCAAGUUGUUCGCUGCAUUGGAAGGGCAACCAGUGGCUAGCCAGUCAAGACCCUACUCCGGUGAGCUCAGCUAUCUCGGACGGUCCCCAGCGUUGAUUAGUCCGUGUGCGAUGGCGAACGUGAGCGCAAACGUCGCCGUGAAGGCGGUGAACGGCAGCGACGGCGGUGUGUCGGCCGAGUCGCCGUUCCUCAAGGCCAUGGGUCAGCACCUGGAGGCGGGCACCCUGGCGGCGGCCACCUCCUACCUGGAGGCGCACCCGGCCGAGGUGGCCACACACUCCAUGGAGCUCAUUGACGCCGUCAUGAUCCGGCUGGUGGACCAGGCCGGCGACGAGCGGCUGCUGGACGGCUGCGUGGCGCUCCUCUCGGCCAUCGCGCGGCUAGCCAACCGCAAGGAGGCGCUCAUCUGCCUGCUGGAGAAGGGCGAGAUGUUCAAGGAGGACGCCUGCUUCAAGGCGCUGCUGCCGCCGCUGCAGAUCGUGCUCUGCCGGGAGCCCACCAAGCGCGGCUCGUCGCUGGCCUGGGCGCUCAGCACGCUGUACACACACCUGGCGUCGGUGCCGCUGCCGCGUCAGCACGCGCUCGAGGGCCGCGAGCGGCUGCUGAUGUACCAGGAUCCAGACGUGCGCCGGCACACCGACCUGCUGCACGCCCUGACGCCCUUCUUCAAGCCGUUCGUGGAGGAGAUAUCGCCACUGCACUCGGCGGCCGCGUGCACACCGGCCGGUGUGCGCGCCCGCGAGCUGCUCUGCUGCUACCUGCUGAAGGUGCUGGACCGGCCGCUCGCCUUCCUGGACCUGACGCCGUGCGGAGAGUGUGUGCCGGAGGUGCGGCAGAGCGCCGACCAGCUGAUGCUCUACACCACGGCGCUGCAGUCGAACCCGCUGCGACUGUUCGCGCUGCUGCCGGCGGCCAAGUGCGCGCCGGCCGACGGCCAGACGGACGAGGAGCAGUUCGACGAGAGCGGCCUCGACUGGCGGCAGGAGCUGCGCGUCUCCAGCCUGGCGCUGGGUACCUACAUGUACCUGCUGUGCGCCGAGCAGGUGGCCCUGGAGAGCACUCCGGCUGUGCUCUGUCCGGCCUACGUGACGCGCAUCUCGCUGCCGCUGUGCGUGGCGCUGCUCCGCCGCCGCGAGCUGAGCGCCGUCCAUAAGGGAGCGCUGCUGCUGCGCGCGCUGCUGGGACGGCUGCCGCGCGGCCAGCUGCCGGCCAGUCAGGUGGACGCGCCGGCGCAUGCGGACGUGACGGCACUUCUCAUCAAUAUGUCGGUCUUCAGCUCGCUGCCGGAGCUGCGGAAGCUGUGCAUCGGCCUGCUGACCGACUACGUGUGGCGGUUCGACGCGCACGGCCGGUUCGUGGUGCUGCGCAAUCUGCUCAACUCGAACCACAACCCGAGCGUGCUCGGCUUCGUCACCGGCCUGCUGAAGGAGAGCAUGGCGGAGGCGCUGGCGUGCGAGCGGCGCUGUCCGUGGUUCUCGGCGCCGUCGGUCACCCCGCUGCUGCGCACCGCCUGCCGUCUCCAGAACGGACCCACUACCGACCUGCUGGAGAACCACAACCACGUCAUGGCCGCGCUCAACCUGAUGCGAUUCGUGUUGUUGCGCGACAAAGCGGACGUGUGUGGAUUGCGCGCGCGGGCAGAGGAGCUGCGCACCGUUUUUCUCAGUCCCCUGCGCACGGCGCUCGACUUGUCGCGCGGACAUUUUCGGCUGCGCGCGCGGGAGCUGUCGGAGCGCGGCCAGCCGGCGCCGCCAUCAACGGAGGUGGAGCUGAACGUGGGCGGUCAGACGCUGGCCGGCCUGCCGCCCGAGCAGCAGCGCCAGACGGUCGAGCUGGCGCUCACCACGCUCGACCUGAUCGGCACCGUGCUCGGCUGGGUGGGCGAGAGUCUGGGCGCCGGCCAGCGCGCCGGCGACAGCGUCACGGCCGGCCAGAGGGUGGCCGACGCGCCGCGGCACGGCGACGCCGGCAGCUAGUCACCGGGAGACCGUGCCGCGCCCAGUCGCUAGUCGCUCCGCGGGGUUGAGCUUACCGAGCCACUGCCACGGCACGCCGUGGGUUGUGUGUGCACGUGUUUGUUUUUGUGUGCGUGCGAACGCGUUACUACUUGCCGUGUGCGAGAGCUGGUGCCUGGUGUAUCGGCAACGGCAGCGGGUGCAGAACUGCGCAACUUUGCACAUUUCUACACGGCUUCUGAUGGAAUUAGCAGUACUCUGUGCGGGAAACAGAGGUCACUUCGCUUUCUUACGUUUUUGUCGGUCCUUGUGGGACCUAGCUCGGCCAUAGAGGAAGAACCUUUCCUCGGCGGUAUAGCUGUUUGGAGUCGCUUUCAUCUCUAUUUGAAAUCAGCCAUUUUGGGGAGAUGAUCCUAGUCGGCUGGGUUAACAUUUGUACUGCUUCACUCUGAGUGAAUAUAAGUGUUAUGUCGCGUCUUUUCAGGAA